GCUUCAAAACAAAGACAUCUAGUGACGUCCACGUCUGUGUGUCAUUUCUCUGCAAUUAGAGCGGGAUCGGCGCCAGGGUGCUGCCGGUAUUUGCCACUGCCCAUGCAGCCACCGAAGCCAUCCAAUCAUCUGUUACGCUUUGACGGCUGCCGGAUUUCAACCACGUUAGUACUUUAUAAGCCCCGCCCCCUGGUUGAGCCUCAGGACAACAAAGUAAGGUUAACUAAACAUUGUAUUAAGAGUUAGAUUUCGAUUCACUAUCUUCAAAACCACAUUUAAUGUGAAAACUCCUGAAGCAGUUAUCGGCUACACUUUGAGCACCAGGGCCAACUUGAAUAUGCUCCAGAGGCUGGCUGUGUCCCUGCGGCGGCCCGCUGCCGCUCCUCUCGCGGUACGAUGCGUCUCCUCGGGCUCAGUGGAAGUCACGGUCCCGCUGAACUUCUGGGCUGGGAAGAGAAGGACAAGCCAAGAGAAAUGCAACAGGGAACGUGUUUAUGAACCUGCAACAGGGCGAGUCUUGUGCCACUUGGAGCCAUGUGGUGUUGUGGAUGUCGAUCAGGCCGUAAGGGCUGCCAAGUCGGCCUUUGGUCAUUGGAGCAAAUUGUCUGGGAUGGAGAGAGCGAGGAUCAUGAUAGAAGCUGCCCACAUGAUUGAGAGCAGGAGAGAGCAGAUAGCGGAAAUGGAGGUGGUCAAUAAUGGAAAGUCCAUCACAGAGGCCCGUCUGGAUGUAGACUCUGCCAGACUGUGUAUAGAGUACUACGCAGGACUGGCCAGCACUCUGGCAGGCCAGCAUGUGCAGUUGCCUGGAGGAUCCUUUGCCUACACCCGCAGGGAGCCUUUGGGAGUCUGUGUUGGCAUUGGUGCUUGGAAUUAUCCUUUUCAGAUAGCUGCUUGGAAAUCAGCUCCAGCCCUGGCUUGUGGCAACUCCAUGGUGUUCAAGCCAUCCCCGGUGACACCUGUGACAGCAGUCAUGCUGGCAGAAAUCUAUGCUGAGGCUGGAGCUCCAGAGGGGCUGUUCAACGUGGUGCAGGGCAGCCAGGAGACUGGCAGUUUACUCUGCCAUCACCCUCAUGUGGCUAAGGUGUCCUUCACUGGGAGUGUGCCCACAGGCAAGAAGAUUAUGGAGAUGGCAUCCAAGGGGGUGAAACCUGUGACUCUGGAGCUUGGGGGGAAAUCGCCUCUGCUCAUCUUCCAGGACAGUGAUCUGGAGAACGCCGUGAGGGGAGCUCUCAUGGCCAAUUUCCUAUCCCAAGGCCAGGUCUGCAGCAACGGUACAAGGGUCUAUGUUCAGAGGGAUAUCCUGCCUGAGUUUGUGGAGGAAGUGGUGAAGAGGACCCAGGCAAUUGAGAUAGGAGACCCACUGUUAGAGAGCACCCGAAUGGGAGCGCUGGUCAGCCAGCCACAUCUAGAAAAAGUCCUCUCCUUUGUGGAUCAGGCAAAGAAAGAGGGGGCCAGAGUGUUGUGUGGAGGUGAAACUUUUGUCCCCUCAGACCCCAAACUCAAAGGUGGAUACUACAUGACUCCAUGUGUAUUGGGUGACUGCACAGAUGAGAUGACCUGUGUGAAGGAGGAGAUCUUUGGUCCCGUCAUGUCUGUGUUGUCCUUUGAAACAGAAGAGGAAGUGCUGCAUAGAGCCAACAACACCACCAUGGGUCUGGCCGCAGGAGUUUUCACCAGUGAUGUGAGGCGAGCCCAUCGUGUAGUUGAACACCUCAAGGCUGGUUCCUGUUUCAUAAACAACUACAACAUCACUCCUGUCGAGGUGCCCUUCGGAGGCUUCAAAAUGUCAGGUAUAGGACGGGAGAAUGGCAAGGUGACGAUUGAAUACUACUCCCAGCUAAAGACUGUGUUUGUGGAGAUGGGCGAUGUGGACAGUCUCUUCUAGGAAACACACACAGAAGAGGAUGAAGCUGUAACACUGAGCCAGAGACUGGAACAGAUUGUCUCAUCCAUCACUCAGGGAAAAAACAUCAAACGGAAGUGCUAAAAAGUGUUGAGAAACAAGCCUUGAUCAUUGGCGCUCAUGUAGGCCGUCCUUAAUGUCAGCCAGGUUUUUCAAUAUUUUGUGAAUUUAAGGAAAAUGUAACACAAUUCAAGGCAAUCUGAGAAAACAGAUAAGUAAGCGAGAUUAGUAGCAAUGUAACAUUGGAUUUGGAAACACCUUAAAAUUAAAAACAAACAUUAUUAUCUGUGCCAAAUGGAUCUAAUUAAAGACUGUUUUUACUAUUUACUAAACAUUGAUUGUUUUCAGCUGCUUCAGCAUAGAUGAGUUACAUUUUGUGAUCCAUGAGUUCCAAUGCAGCAGUUUUGCCUUGCUAAAUAUGUUGGCACAUAUGUAGAGACUAAACUUUGAAAUGUGUUUUACGUUUUUGCACAAAACAAAACAAAGUUUACAAUCAAGUUUUUAUUUCUUGAACAAUACACCUCAAUAUAUUUUUAUACACAUACAAUAUUACAAAAUGAAGCACUUUUGAACAUUGUAUUGAUUUUAAGUAAUCUAGAUUGUACACUUCAUGUACGCUUUUUGUACAGUGCUGUUUAAAUUAGAACUUAGACAACAACAUUUUGCCUUUUAUAGGUAAAGUGAAUUAUCGAAGGAACCUUACUCAUUUGGUAAUAAGUUGUAACAUAAACA